UUAGGUCUGCACCCCACUCUGGCCACUGGCCCAUCACCCUCUUCAAUGCCCUUGACCAAAAUUCCUGGAAGCAAAGGAAACAACAUGCCACACAGGGUCUGAGUGAGCAUCUCCGGGGCCACAAAUUAAAUUAAGUUCUCAGGGCUGCCUGCCUUGUUAUUGCUAAUGGCUCCAGCCUGUCCAACCUCCCCAUCCCUACCCAGGUCCCUGUCCUGCAGAAAUUUGGGGGUUCUGGGCACCCUCUCUUGUUCCCAAACUUUGAUUAGCACCUGGGGACCUCACCAAAAAUUAGAGCUGGGCACCCCUCUUACAGAGCACCCAAAAACCCAGGUGUAGGGAGAGAGGCCUGAGCUAUGCCCCCACCUUCAUGCCCUGGCUGAAGGCAGCAGUCACGUGUGGGGCCUUCAUUAGACCCUGACAUAUAAGCUGUGGGCUCAGGGUGGCCAGAAACUCUCCAGGCAAGGAUCCAGCAAGCAGAGGUAAGUCCUCCGGUUGGGCAGAGACUCCUGCUCUUUGGGAGGUCUCUCUCUGGGGUAGGGCACCUGGAGGGUGCAUCAAGGAUGAGGAAGGACUAAGUGGUGGGUCUUCCUGAUGGUCAGGUCAUGCUGACUGCAGUGCUGCUGAGCUGGGCCCUGCUGCUGACACUUCCCCCUAUGCAGGAAGCUCAGAGGGGCUUGGCCCCUCUGGAAGGCAUCAGAAGGCCUGACCAGGCCCUGUUCCCAGAGCUGCCAGGCCUGGGCCAGCAGCCUCCACUGAAACGGACGAGCGCAGAACAGUCCAUAGAAGCUCUGCUACAGGAGGCUGAGGCCUUGACAGAGGUACUAGAUCCGGAGGGCCGCGAGCCACGCUCCCCGCGACGCUGUGUAAGGCUGCAGGAGUCCUGUCUGGGACACCAGGUAUCGUGUUGCGACCCAUGUGCCACAUGCUACUGCCGUUUCUUCAACGCCUUCUGCUAUUGCCGCAAGCUGGGUACUGCCACGAUCCCUUGCAGCCGUACCUAGUGGGCCGACGCGGGGUCGAGGCUGGACAGGGGUAGCGAAUAAAGGU